CCAUGUUUCAUUCAAUCUUGCACUCGUCAUGUCGUUUUCCCUGCCAUUGCGGCCCCAAGUGCCGGCGCACAUCUGCCGCUCUUGCCUCGUCCGGAUAUCGUCAUCGCCGAGACGCACAAUAUCGUCGAAGAUAGCAAAGGAACAGAUAGCAAAGGAACGGACAGCAAAGGAACAUCUAGCAAAGGAACAUAUAGCAAAGGAACAGACAGCAAAGGAACAGACAGCAAAGGAACAGACAGCAAAGGAACGGACAGCAAAGGAACAGAAGAGCAAUGCGACGCUCCCAUCGACACCGGCGCGCACGCGAUUCGCGCCCUCGCCGACCGGAUACCUCCACCUGGGAUCCCUGCGGACAGCGCUGUUCAACUACCUCCUCGCCAAGAGCACGGGCGGCCAGUUCCUCCUGCGCAUAGAAGAUACGGACCAGAAACGAACGGUAGCAGACGCCGAAGAGCGCCUGCUCAAGGACCUGCGAUGGGCCGGCCUGCAGUGGGACGAAGGGCCGGAGGUAGGCGGGCCAUACGGGCCCUACAAGCAGUCGGAACGCAGCGCCAUCUACCGCGAGCACGCGCAGCAGCUCCUAGACUCCGGGCACGCAUACCGCUGCUUCUGCUCCGCCGAGCGGCUGCACGCGCUCGCCGAGCACAAGCACAAGCUCGGGCUCGCCACCGACUACGACCGCACCUGCGAAUCGAUGCCGCAAGCCGAGUCCGACGAGCGCGCCCACAGACGCGAGCCGCACGUCGUCCGCCUCCGCGUCCCCGACCAGUACCCCGCGUACAAGGACCUGGUGUACGGCACGUUCCGGCCGCUCAGGCGGCGCGGGCACGUCGCAGAGGCCUCGUUCGAAGACCCGAUCCUGCUCAAGAGCGACGGCCUGCCGACGUACCACCUCGCCAACGUCGUCGACGACCACCUCAUGCGCAUCACGCACGUGAUCCGCGGCAGCGAGUGGAUGCCCAGCACGCCCAAGCACAUGGCGCUGUACACUGCGUUUGGGUGGACGCCGCCGUUGUUCGCGCACGUGGGCCUGCUCGUCGACGAGGCGGGCAACAAGCUGUCGAAGCGCAACUUCGACACGGACAUGGCCGCGUUCCAGGACAUGCACAUCCUGCCGGAGACGCUGACCAACUUCGCCGCGCUGCUGGGGUGGAGCCACCGCGAGAAGACGGACGUCAUGACGCUCGCCCAGCUCGCGUCAUCCUUUAGUCUGAAAUUCACAAAGGGCAACACAACCGUGACGUUUGGAAAGCUGCACUUCCUGCAGCGCAAGCACGCGCACCAGCGCGCGCAAACCGGCGGACCAGGCCUCCAAGACAUGGUCAGCACGCUCGUCAACACGCUCACGAGCGCAGAAAGCCCAUACCCAGCGUCGCAGUGGCGCUCCCUCGCCGGCGCAGACCCAGCGCCUUACAUGGAGAAGCUCGUGCUCGCCGACGCAGAAAACUACACAAACGCAAACGAAUUCCUAUACCGCAACGCCUUCCUGCUCGCCCCGCUGCGUCCCUGCACGACGCGUAAACUCACGCCCGACACGCCCGCGGACGUGGUGGAGGGGGCGCGCGCGCUCGCCAGUGUCCCUGCGGAGAAGUGGGAGCGCGACGCGCUGGUGCACAAGGUGAGGGAGAUUAUCGAUGCGAGGCCGCAGGGCAAGAAGGGCGGGAGCGAGGUGUAUCACUACCUCAGGCUGGCGCUGAGCGGGCAGGAGACGGGGAUGCGGGUUUAUGAUAUGAUGCUGAUUCUGGGGCGGGAUGAGACGUUGGCGAGGUUGGGUGUUGAUGGGGAGGGUGUGUGAGACAGAUGCAGUCGGCGGAGAGGUGCAGUCGGCAGAGAGACGCAGUCGGCAGAGAGACGCAGUCGGCAGAGAGACGCAGUCGGCGGAGAGACGCAGUAGGUGAAGAGGAGUGGGGGAGUAGUGUACAAUGUGUAAGAUAGAGACUCAGUUGGCGAUUAGAAGGGGCUUGGGCAGUGGUGUAACAUGUGUAAGAUGGAGUGAUCGAGUUGGCAAUCAGAACCGGCUGGGACAGGAGUGUAUGAUGUGUAUGGUAUGAUGUGUGUGUAUGAUGUGUAUGGUAUGAUGUGUGUGUAUG